UUAGAUGUUUUCUGUUCAUGACAUCUUGCUAUAUGUUUAUGUCUAAGUUGAUGAAAAACAUCUCCAACAAAUGAGCACCGUCCUACAUAAGUCAGAUCGUGAUUUAAUUACCAGCUCGUCAACUGGGUUUUAAUUAGCGGAGAUAUUACUUGUAAUCAGAACAUUCGACAGAUGGACUUGGAAGUUUGAGGCAUCGCUGUUAACCUCAUUAGCUGCCUGUUCCAAUUUACCACGUUCAAGUAGGCGUGUCUAGCCCUUAAUUAACAGAUCCAGAUCUAGCUAUCCAACGUUCUCAAUGACACCAUCGAAGGUACUUUGUUUCGUCGUCUUCUUUAUCUACACUCUUUUCCACGGCGUACGACCAUAUGAGGUACCACCAUUAAUUUCAAUCAAAAAUCAGACAGUAUGCGAAACGCCAAAAUGCCUUAGAAUAUCCGAACUGGUACAAAGUCGGAUGAACACGAGUAUCGACCCCUGUACAGACUUCUACAUGUACGCGUGUGGGAGGUACCGGACCCCGACUCCCGGGGCGGCGCACGCCAUUGACAGCCUCAACAGGAACAACUUCAACUUCGUCAAAUCCAAACUAUCAGAACCCAUCAACACAAAGACAAACUACGCCCACGCUGUUGUUGCUAAAACUUUCUACCAGUCAUGUAUCCAAGAAGAGCGAAUCUACGACGCCCAGGACUACAAAGAUUUUGUGAAAGACGUCACCAGUAACUGGCCGACCUUGAACGCAGCGUGGAGACCGACCAACAUGAACAAAAAUGACGUGACGAAAUUGUACAUGUCCAACGAGGGGGAGCCAUUUUAUCGUGUGGCACAGAAGCCGCGGAACGAUAACUCUUACGUGAUCUUGAUCGACUACCCCAACACCAAACUUAUGGGUCCUGACGCGGGUCGCGCCAGUCAGGCUAAGCUUUACGAGUACUUCGCUAGGCACUUCAGCUCAUCAUGGCAGACCGUAGAGAAGGCAGCCAAGGAGGACGCCGCACAACAUGCCAGAUUUGUAGCACGCCGCAACAACCUGAUAGAAGACUCAUUUGACAUGGAGGAUGAGAAUGUAGUUAGUAACAUUGGUCCAAAAUACAGUGAAUCAACACUCGGAGCUUUAGCUCGGAAAUAUCCAUUUUUUAACUUCGACACGGUGAUCAAGUCAGCGUACAGAACCGCGGGGGUGGAGGUCAGCGACACCCAGGUGGUAGGGGUCACUGACACCGGCUACCUGGAUAGACUGGUCAGUAAACUGGAGGACACUGAGAUCAGAACUCUCCAGAACGCGGUGGUCUUUCACCACAUUUUGACCAACAUCCCGGUUUUGACCACCACCAUAAAGCAUGCGGUCAUCCAAAUUCUCUCCAACAAGGGCGUGGCCAACACGUCACGUGAUUUUCAGUGUUUUGAGGAGACCGUCCACUACCUCUCGGACUCGGCCCUCAAGCUAUUUGAGUUUACCAAGCUGAACCCUGACCCUAGGCCAAAGCUCAAGCAGAUGGCUAAAGUCUUGCUGGAUAACUUUGUUACUUUUAUCGGAGAGAAAAACUUACAUAACCAGACAAAGACGGCGCUACAUAGGAAGAUACAGGCGAUCAAACUGGUUAUUGGCGGGGAUGAGCCCCCAAUGACAACAGCUGCGGUCAAUUCGUUAUACAAAAACGUGGACGUUGUGCCAGGCGAGUACUUGAGGAACAAGAGGAACUUGAGGCAGGCCCUCGACAACAGGCUCAGGAAGCGGCUCAUGCAGAAGCCGCACGAGUCUCCGAUGGACGGGAAGAAUCCAAUGAAAGCGGAAGCCGUCUUUGAUUCGAAGAGAAACGUGAUUUAUGUUUCCCCUGGACUGAUAUCAACACCAUUCUACGAAGAAAAAGUACCCAAUAUUGUCAACUAUGCCAAGAUUGGGUCGUUGAUAGCCACUGCCAUAGUCUCCAUGUUUGAUGCUGAAGGACGGAGCUAUGACAGCCAGGGCCGAGCCGUCGCGUGGGUUCACCCAGAGGACGUAAGGAAGUUUGAGAUGCAGAAAGUCUGCUACAGUUAUGUUUUUACCAGGAUGCUGAGUCCUGAUGCUGAUUGGCGCAUUUCAGGUAGCAAUAUAGUUGAGGUAGAAAGAAUUUUGCAUGGAAGCUCAUCACUUCAAGUAACAUUUUGGGCGUAUUUGCAGUUGCUAAAAGAAAUGGACGACGGCAAAAUCAUGAUUAAAAAUCUGACUAUUGAGCAAAUCUUUUAUUUAUUAUUCGCUCAGAACUUCUGUCGUCUAAAGGUCAGUAACAUUGACGGCAAGUCCUACGCUCAACUGAGGGUGAACGGAAUCUUACGACAAACGAGCUCAUUUCAAAAUGCAUGCAUUCAGUUGUAGUGAAGGCGCCUACAUGUCCGACUAUGCAAACUGCGGCUAGGAUGAGCAUCAGAGAGGGGGGGGGGUGUCUCCAUAAAUGACGUCUCACCUGAAGAAACUCGAAGUGGUCCCGAACUGUGAUGUAGAAUGUAGUUUGGACUUUUUUAACGUUAAAAUAAAUUUCACUAGUUGCUGUUGUAAUCUUUAAGGAUGUGGGAUGUUUAGCAGAUAGUGAAUACAUUUGGUCACGAUUAUUUGGGGGUUCAAACAUUGUUACCUUAUUUCUAGUCUCUAAAGGAAAUAAAAAAUAU